AUGAGACAAUUCAUCAAAUUGGCCUUUGGCUUCCUUCUCCUUUUGGGGCUUCUCGUCUCGGCUCAGGAAGACUCCGCAGCCGUUUCGUCAGCUGGUGACGCGUCGUCUGUUGAGCCAACCCCUACGGACGUACCUGUCGACGUAACCUCCCCUGUCGUAACACCCACUCCGUCCGAAGAGCCAGUCGUCCCAGUUCCUGGCACAGAGUCUCCUUCGGAUCAAGGCCCUGUAGAUACACCGUCUUCUGUUGCCGGCGAAGUUUCCAUCAGCGCGCAGUCGAGCCCCUUAGUCUCUUCUUCCGAUCUCGUCGAGGCCUCUGCAACAUCUGCCGACGAAUCGUCUGCUACAGACGCAUCAGCUAGCGCCACCCCGACUGAAGGCGAGGAUGACGGCGAAGCCGAAGAGUACGACUUCGAAGCACGCGAAGUGACUCCGUUGGAGAGUAGGCCCGAUGUCGUCACGCAAGAUGAGCUUCUGGCCGAGGCUGAGGCCAAUCUACCCGUUAUGGAGAUCCCCGAAGAAGACGCCAGAGAGAUUGCAGCCCUCGAGGCAAGCAUGUUUGAACACUUUGUCAGAAACGACCCCGUCAUCAACCCGGAGGACAACAUCACGCUUCCUGAGUCUGUUUCGAAUUGCGAGCUUGGGCUAGGCAAGCGAGACAUGGCCGGCGGCUGGUCUGGCCAGUCGAAUUCCAGGCGCUGGGCGACCGACGGAAUUGUCAUGCAGCAGUCUGCCAUGGGAACGCCAGCAUCGACCUUUGUCCACGAGGUUGGCCACUGGCUGGGCCUGCGCCACACGUUCGGCAACAAAGUUGAUGACGGCGAAACGGACUGCCUUGUGGGCGACGGUCUUCGCCGGACGACUCACACGCGUGGAGACCGCAGCGUCAUCUUUGAAUGCCAGCAGCUCCCUUGCAAUGAGGAGCGCGGCGUGAUGCGCAUCCCGAACUUCAUGAGUAUGCAGAGGCAGAUCGAAUUCAGAAUGAACCCGCCGCAGCGCCCAGCGGCGACGCAGCAGGCGGUGAUACGCAAGGGGGAUCAGGGAAUGGAAACGACAAUAACGGCAGCGGGGCUAGCGAGCUAG